CAGUUUCGUGGAAUCAAGGGAUGCUGAAAAGAAAAGAAGAGGAAGACCAAAAGGUGAACAGUAUAUUUGUCAAAAAUGCGGGGUCAUUUUUAAAAAUCAAUUCUUUUUUUUAAAUCACCAAAAGGAUCAUGAUCUAAAAAUGGACGAUCAGAAAUUUGUCAUAACUGACAUUAAAAUAGAAAAUGAUUCAGAAGCCGUGGAUAUGACGACGUACGAGUUUGAAUACAUCGAAAUUGAAAAUGUAGAUUUCAUCAAAGAAGAAACAGUUGAUGUUCCAGAUUAUUUUCCGGAGACAAUGGAAGAAAUAAAUGAAGAAUUCCAAUCAGAAAUUCAAAAACCAAUGCAAGUGAGACACCAGUGCAAAAUAUGCGCACGAUCCUAUAAAUGCAAAACUAAUUUAGUUCAACAUAUGCGUUUUGAACACGGCAAUCUUCCAUUUCGAUUUGUCUGCGACAUUUGUAAUUAUAUGACGCACUUUAAAAGCAACCUUCUUAAACAUAUGCUUUGUAAACAUUUAAAAAAUGUCCAUGAUAUGCCAGAAUUGAAAUAUAAGUGUGAAGAAUGUGAGAAGAGUUUCGCUCAGAAACAAAGUUUACUGAGUCAUAAAAAUCGCGACCACAGCGAUAAUCCCUUGUUCAAAUUUCAUUGUAGCUUAUGUGGUUAUAUGUCACACUAUAAGAAUCAUCUUCGUCGUCAUAUCAGUUGUAAACAUUUAAAAAAUCCUUACGAUUUACCAGAAAAGAAAUAUGAAUGUGGAUACUGUGGAACCAAAUUCGUUCAGAAACGUAAUUUGCUGAGGCAUAAAAUGUACGCCUGUAAAAUGAAAAAUAAAUUAGGUGUAGUUGUCGAAGAAAAAGAGUGCUGAUUUAAAAGAAUAGUGGCGGAAUGCGUUUUCUGUAAUGUUUACAGAAAGUCCGGUAACAUUUUAUCAAUUUUUUGCAAGAUUUAUAGAAAGUGUUCAUUUUUUAAAAUACUUACAAAUGCUUUAAAAAUUAACAGAUUUUGUUCUCCGUGGCAUACAGUAUCAAUUUCAAUACUCGUGAAAUAAUAAAAAAAUUUCUCAUUUCCUUCGCGGGACAAGAAACUUAACUUGAAAAUAUAAUACAGUGACAUUUUAAACGUUUAUGCAAAAACAUAUAAGAAAUAAAUGGAUGCUAUUUAAUAAACGUCGAUAGAACCUAAAUUAUUAUUUAAAUUUUAAUUUUAAAAAAUCGUUUCUAUAUGUCUAAGGAUUUUCGGAAUUUUCACGAUAUUUUAUUAUCGAUUCAAAGUAUUUCAUCUUCAAGAGAAAAAUGAAUAAAACAUUAUUAAUGUAUAAGCAACAUUCAGUUAAAAUUUCCCUGUAGAAAAAGUGAGAAAUUUUGAACUUUUAUUUAUUUUUUAUUUCGAAAGUUAAUAAUAUUUUUUUAACAUUAAAAUUUGGAACUUAUUUGCAAUAUCAUCCAGGAGAAUUAAUAUAAUUGCUUCAUCCUCAGAUUACUAGAAAUAGGAUUUUAUUAGAUUUGAGUAGAUUUCGUGCUAUUGGCUUUAAAAAAUAGAAUCCAAAAGUAAAGUUUGAGGGUGGCCCCGAAAAAAAGUUUCGAAUUUAGUUCGUCCCCAUACAAUUUUUUUUUAUUUACAAAAAAAGUGGAGAAAAAACCAAUUUUUGUACGUUUCGCCAAAACGGAAAAAUGUAUAAUACAGUAUGAGAAAUACUUUCAUCAUUUCAUAAAAACAAAUAGAAUAUUAAUAAAGGAUUAGUAUUUAUUCAUAAGUUUUCAGGACAUAACAUUAUUGUCUAUAAUUAAUUAUACAUUUUCAUGUUUUGAAAAGAAUUUACAAAAAUGUGUUGUUUUUUAGUAACUUUAAAAAAUAGGGUGGGCGACGCAAAACAAAUUGAAAGUUUUUUAUUUCGUCAUUCAUGAUUAAACCUCGUUUAUUAUUUUAAGGACUCAUUUUAUGCCACUUCGCUACUUAAUAAUCACAGAAAUGAUGUCUUUUACAUUAAAUGUAUACCCAACAUGAAAUGUUUACUUUUAUGUAUUCAAAUGUUCGACUAAUAAAAUAAUAGUGGUACU